AUGUUACCACUCCAACGAAAUCACAUCCUCCUUGCAACAUUACUGGUGUUCAUAUUUAUCACUUUAUAUCACCUUCUGCCUCAGACGCAAGAGACGACUCCGCUGUCAACCACCCAUGGCGAAAGCGAGGUCGCAGCGAAACGACCGAAAGACUCCGAGCUACAUGUUCUUCUACCAACCACCAUCGGCGAUGUCAACCUCUGCAAGACAAUCCUCAGUGCUAAGGCCAUGGGCUAUCCUGAACCUGUGAUCCUUGGAUGGGGAGACACGUUCGAUACGUGGUACUUGCUUGCCGGCGGCUCGCAUCUCGCCAAGAUCUCGAGAGUUCUCGAAUAUCUGGAUAGUAUGAGUCCUGAGCAACAAGACGAUCUAGUCCUUAUGAUGGACGCGUUCGACAUCUGGUUCCAACUGCCUCCCGAAACCCUGAUCGAGAGAUAUUAUUCGAUCAACGAGAAAGCGGACAAGAGAAUCUCGAAGCACAUGGGCAAAGCCGCCGAGGUUGAAAACAUCAAGCAGACGAUCAUCUUUGGCGCUGGUAAACGUUGUGCACCCAACCAGCUACACAGUAUCGCAUGUUAUCCAGUUCCACCUUCGCCACUACCUGACGACCUCUACGGCGCCAACACGGACACGAUCAUGGGUCACAGCCCACACUCAAGUCAUCGCCAACGCUACAUCAAUUCUGGAUAUAUCAUUGGUCCUGUUAAAGAUAUGAGAGAAAUGUUCAGAGCCGCCUGGGAGAUGGUACAAAAUUGGCCGACCCCCAUCCCGCCGACAGUGGAAGUGGUAGUAUGGACUUGGUGUACCAUGCAAGUGAUCAGUCUGUCUUCGCAAUCAUGUUUGGACAGCAGGAGUAUCAACGAGAAGUCAUGCGACGACGUCACUCCUCGUCCUGGACUUGGCGACACGAGAAGACAUCUCCCGUUAACAAGAUCGAGGGCACAGUGA